CUGAGCAAUAAUCUUCAUGCUUGCACGCCUCGCGUGCGGCUACUAUUUCAUUACAUCUCGCCCAUUUGUCCAAGCCCAGUUGCGUCUAACCGUGUCGCUGGUAUUCGGCCUUGUUCGCUCUGCUCAUCCAAACUUUUCCAUUCACCAUGCGUGUACCCGACCCAGUCCCAUCCACUUCUGAGCGUUCCAAGUGGGACGUCCUUGCCGCCCCACGAGAUCCAAUUCUGGCCAUUCAUCAAGCGUACCAGCAAGAUCCCUCCCCGUUGGCCGUCAAUGUAUCCGUCGGCGCCUACCGCGACGCCGGCGGAAACGUCCACGAGUUCCGUGCCGUGCGCGACGCCCGCCUCUCCAUCGCAGCCUCGUCAACUUAUGACCACGCCUACCUCCCCAUUUCGGGCCUCGAACACCUGGCUUCUCAAUCCGCCCGUCUGAUCUACGGCGACGACGUCUUUGAGAGCGGCCGUAUCGCGUGCUUGCACACAGUAUCCGGCUCGUGCGCGCUCCGACUCGCGCUCUCCUUGGCGUCGCGCGUGCUGGGCGCUGAGGAGGCCCAUGUGUCUCUGCCGGCAUGGCCUAAUCAUGUCCAAAUGGUUCCCAUGGAGGCACUCAAGUUGGCAAGGUAUAGGUACUAUGACUAUGACAGGCAUGCCGUGGAUAUCGACGGAAUGCUCGCCGAUUUGGGGAAGGCGAAACGUGGAGAUGUUGUGCUGUUGCAGGCGUGUGCGCAUAACCCGUCGGGCGCGGAUCUCAAGGAGCGGGAAUGGAGACGUGUGGCUGACGUUGUUCAACAAAGGCGUUUAGUGCCGGUGUUUGAUAUGGCAUACCAGGGACUGGCGAGUGGUGACAUGGAGGAGGAUGUAUGUGCUGUGAGGACGUUCGUUAGAAAAGGGAUCAAUGUCAUUGUGGCGCAGUCAUUCAGCAAGAACCUGGGGCUGUACAAUUCAAGGGUGGGCACAGUAAGUGUAUGCGUGGCAGAUAAGGUGCCGGGCCGAGACACGGCAACUAAUCUCUUGAGUCAGCUGAGCUGGCUGGCGCGGGGCAUGUACUCAAGCCCACCGGCACAUGGGGCGCUUAUCGCGGCCAAGGUGAUGGGAGAUGAUACUUUGAGAGCAAAGUGGUUAUUGGAAAUCAAAGAGGUGGUAGGGCGGAUUGGAAAGAUGAGGGAAAGGUUGAGGGAUGAGCUUGAACGAAGGAAAGUAGCGGGGCAUUGGAAGCACAUUACACAGACGAAGGGUAUGUUCGUGCUGUUGGGGCUGACGUAUUCGCAAGUUGAAAGAAUGAGGGUUCUUCACCAUAUCUACCUGACGGGAAACUCGAGGAUCAACAUCGCUGGACUCAACGAGAAUAACGUAGCGCAGGUAGCAGAGGCUAUUGCAGAGGUUGUACAGAAUUCAAAAACCCCAGAGCAGGGGUGUUAG